UCCUCUUAAGGAAAAGAGCAUAUCGGCUGGACUCGUCAAUCGUUUGGGUGAAUACCUUAAAUGAUCGAUAUCCUAUUCCUAUCGAUAUUAACCGCGUCUGCUGCGCUUAAUGAUUAAUGAGCGAUAGUUAGAGUCUAGUGUGCGCUUUGACCAAAGAGCAGGAAGUAGCCUUGAACUCCUCGCGCUGGGAGCCGAGCAGCAUGAAUGAGGAUGGAUGCAACUCAACUGGAUGUGAACCAGCUGUCCGUCAUGCCGACGCCCACGGGAGCAGACAAGGCACCGUUGUGGCGCGACUCUCGAGGUAUGGCAUGCAGGUCCUGCCCAGCGCCUUCCAGCGUAGGUCGAGGCUGCAGAGGCAGCGGGAGGUCACUGACAGCUGCGCACCGGGGGGGCUACAGAGGGAGGCUCCGGAGCGAGGCUCGCUCACACCCGCCAUGCGUAAAACAUACCUAAAAGAGUUGCUUCAGAGCACCCCGUCGCACGGCGGGUUGAGCAGCGUGCUGUCACAAACUCGCAGCGUGUCCUCCGAGCAGGACGCGGGCUGCGCUUUGUAUCCGAUGGAACACGCGUGGAUGCUGUCUGCCGUGGAGGGAAACUACCAGACUAUCCUGGAGUUCAUCUCCGAGGACCCCUACCUGUUAACCAGGAAGGAUUUCAUCAGCGGGUACUCGGUCCUGCACUGGCUGGCCAAGAGGGGACAGGACGAGACUCUGCUCAAACUUCUGAGGUCCGCAGAAAGUGCGGGGAUCCCUGUGAACGUGAACGUGCGGGGCAGCGGCGGGCUCACCCCGCUGCACGUCGCCAGCCUGCACAGGCAGUACACCGUCAUCAAGCUGCUGGUCGGCGCCUUCAGUGCCAACGUCGAUGCCAUGGACUACAAUGGGAAGAGGGCCUGGCAGUAUCUGGAGGGAGACGCCCCGCUGGAGAUGAGGGAGCUGCUGGGGACCUGGGAUGAUGAGCACAGCUGCGCAUGUGCGCAAAACGUCAACAACAGCGCUGGGGCGAUGAACGUGACCGCACAUGAGCUCGAUCCAGAAGAGACUCAGGCGGUGGACUCCUUUGACCAGACUCAGAAAGGGGGCAGCUGGAGGUUCAGGGUCAUUAGGAAGCUGAUACCCUCCUUUUCGUUUCUUGGUAACAAAAGCUGAGUGGUUAUUACACGAGCCUUCAAAUAUGUGCAUUCUCUCACCGGUUCAGUGGUUCCCAACCUGAGAAUCUUAUUUUUGCUGCUCAAGUCUUAAACAAAUGUUAGCAGCAGCACAGACACUUUCUGGGAAAUGCUCAAACCACUUGGGGUGGACAGUCCAGCUGUAUUCGCAGAAUGUGAAUGGACGUUUGAACUAUGUGUGGAAACAAAUUAUGGGGCUGCCCAAAAAGAGUAGUUUUAUGAAAUACUUAAACCUUCUAAACUGUUCAUGACUUUACCUCUGUGCAUAACUUGGGAGAUGUCUCCAAGACAUUUUAAGGAAGCCAAGCUUGAGAACUGCUGCCAUGUCCACAAAUGAUCUAUUCAGUCGCAAUAUUGCAGUUCCAGAAUUAUUUUGCACUUCAAUAAACUUACAAUUGAC